UUAAACAGCAGAUGUUUUACACUGCGGCCGUUACCCUCAUUUCCUGGGCGGAGAGCUCCUCGCUCUAUUAGACGAGUAACAGGAACCAGAUAAAAAAAGAAGAGUUAGAGGGAGAGAGAGAGAAAGAAGCAGAGCGAGUGAGUGCUAGAGAAAAGUUAGCUGAGCUCAGAGCUCCCACAAAUUACUUUGUCACCAGCAAGCUCUGACAAGCACCGGGAGAGAGGGAGCGUACAGGGAGAAAGGGAGAGAGGCAGGGAGUUAAAUAGAGGUGCAAAUAGGGAGUUGUAUCAGAAGGGACUCAAGAGGGAAGGUGUGAAGGAGUUGCAGAGGGCAUAAACGAGGUGAUACCGAUGGAUGGGCAGAGGGAAGCGAGGACAGAGACGAGACUACAAUCCGAUUCCCAAAACAGCGUGAGCUAAGAGGAACUGUUACUUCUGCUACUGCUGUCGUUACUGCUCCUGUCUGGAUGGUACACUCAUUUAAAAAGAAGGUGUGUCAAACCGAAAUUUUGUUACCGGAGGACAGUUGUAAAGGGGGCUUGAUAACAAUUAGAACAGUGGAAAAAGAAAACAGUAGACUUUCCUACAACAGCGUUUGAUUGACAGUGAGAGAGUUUUGCUGUGUUUUUAUCUGAUAGCAUCCCUAUUUGAGCUGUUUUCAUCUCAGGCUUGAUACACAGAGAGCAUACACUAUCAUAGUACUGUAUUUGAGAAUGACAGUUACAGAAACAGCUGCUCUCUGUGUGAAGUAGACAUGAGUCGGACGUGUUGAAAGCAAUUUCGGGUGAACUGCAGUUAUACACAGAUCACAUGCUGUUAUUGCUAAAAAGAGGUAGUCAGAGCGGACAGCGAUACAAGUUUAUCAGAUGUUUUUCUGUAGGGACAUUUCUUUAUGGCUUGACUGCGUAGGUUUGUGACUGGUAUAGAAUAAGUUUGUGAAAGUGAUUUCCCUGCACCACGGAUAUUUGAUUAGCUCUGGGCUGACUCAAAACCCCUGAGAAUUUUAUCUGAGCUGUAAAGGAAGCCAGAGGUCAUCUGAUCAAACUUCAAAAACAGAGACAUAGGAAGGUAAUUUUUUCACUUUAAGCAACAUAAGGACAUAUUAGAGACAUUUAGAGAGGGCUUAUUUGACAUUACAUCCAUGUACAGAAUAGUCCUGAAUGAUCUGUGAAGAGACCUGGGUCAAGGAAGACAGGAAGCAGUGUCAGCUGAAAAGCCUUAGACUCAAAGCCUGCGGCUGCUCUCUGUGUGCAUGUUUGGCUGGGCUCUGUUAGCAUCUGACAGCUACGCUUUGGACUCACAUCAGCAUCUGGGACGUCAUUGUGUUUUCUGUGUGGCUGAGUCAGAGGCUGGCUCAUCACUCGGUGUCUGUCUGCCCACUCGGAUUCUCUCAACCUGCUUCUAUGCAAAGAAGACACAAGUGUUAGGUGGUUUUCACAGCAGCAGCGACAGUGGUGGCACCAGUAGUCUUGAACUUUCAGGACUCUCCACACUGCUUUAAUUGUUCUGCAGUGUGUAAACACCUUGCGUCACUCACACCUCUCUACAGAGUGAUUCACUGUUCCCUAAGCAUCCCUGUUUGGAGGCAGGCAGUGAAAGAAAAGGUGAGGGAGGAUUUGCUGAGAGCCAAAGCACAUAAGUGGUUGCAAACAGUCAGGUUGGCACCAUGAAGCUGGCAUUCUUGAUGCUCAUGGUUGUGUACACGGUGGGCAAUGUAAGCGGUAUGUCCACAUGUAAGACACUGGACCUGGAGAUGGUGAAGAAAAAGCGCAUUGAGGCCAUUAGGAGCCAGAUCCUUAGCAAACUGCGUUUGCCAAAAGAGCCUGAGCAGGAUCAGGCAGGAGAUGAGGAGGAGAUCCCUACCACCCUGCUGUCCCUCUACAACAGCACCAAGGAGAUGCUGAAGGAGCAGCAGACUGAAGUCCAGACAGACAUCUCCACAGAACAGGAGGAGGAGGAGUACUUCGCCAAGGUGCUGCACAAGUUCAACAUGACCAGAAAAAAUAACACAGAGAACACCAAGACCUCCAAAAGCAUCCCGAUGUACUUCAACAUCUCUGAGAUACGGGAAAGUGUGGGGGAUUACCGCCUGCUGACCAGUGCGGAGCUACGGAUGCUCAUCAAGCAAACCACGAUACUGUCUGAGCAGCGGGUGGAGCUGUACCAGGGUCUGGGGCCCUCGGCCCGCUACCUCGCUUCCCGCUUCAUCACUAAUCAGUGGAAAGACAAAUGGCUGUCCUUUGAUGUCACUGAGACCCUGCAGAACUGGCUCAAAGGGACUGCGGAUGAGCAGGGUUUCCAACUUCGGCUGUUCUGUGAAUGCAGCCAGACGACUUUUGAGAGUGGCUUCAGUUUUUCCAUUUCUGGGAUCGCAAGUGGUAGGGGAGACACAAGACUCUUACAAUUGAUGACGCAGCAACCACCCUACAUCCUGACCAUGUCCAUCCCUCAAAACAACAGCAGCCACUUCACCUCACGCAAAAAACGCUCCACAGAGACGAAGGACACCUGUACAGCCCAGACAGAGACCUGCUGCGUGCGGAGCUUGUACAUUGACUUCAGGAAAGAUCUGGGCUGGAAGUGGAUACAUAGGCCGACGGGCUACCAUGCCAACUACUGCAUGGGGUCCUGCACCUACAUCUGGAAUGCUGAAAACAAAUAUUCUCAGAUUUUGGCCCUGUAUAAGCACCACAACCCAGGAGCCUCUGCCCAGCCCUGCUGUGUUCCCCAGGCACUGGAGCCACUGCCAAUCCUCUAUUAUGUGGGCAGGCAACACAAGGUGGAGCAGCUGUCCAAUAUGAUUGUGAAGUCCUGCAAGUGUAGCUAAAAAUACAACAUGGCGCACUGCUCUGCCUCGCCUCAAACAUAUACGGAGAUGGAAGAAUUUGUGUGAGACCACAGAGAGGAGCAUGUGAAAGAGAUAAAGAGGACGAGACUAAUGUGGACAAGGGGAACAAAAUAUUUUUAAAGUCAUCAGGAUCUUUGUGGUCCACCUUUCCUCUUGUGAGCGCUGCCAUUAUCAUGUUGAACGCACAUCAAACAAUGGACUUCUUUAUAUAGAUAUUAUAGAUCAUAUUUUCUAUGUGUAUAUACUUUUUCCCUUGCAGCAGUAAAAAUAUCUGUCUUGAAAUGAAUUAAUUUAUUUGUUGGAGGGACAGAUCUGUAAAGACGUGAUAUACAUGUAUACAAGUGUGUCAGUUUGACAUGGAAAAUGAUUCAAAUGAUUGAACAUAAACAAAAAAAUGUGGAUUAAGGAUGCCGAAGGACAUGAGGACCAAAAUGACCUUGAUGGAAGAACACUUUUGGUUUCACAGAUGAUUGUCUGGGACAUUUCUGUUUGCCAUAUCUUCCUAAAGAGGUCAUAGUUAAAGGUGCUAAAUCUGGAAAACAGUGGUUGUUGGGGUUUCCCUGGAAGAUAAUGCCACAGGUGUUUUUGGAGAGAGUUACACCGUAAAGGACAGCAAACAACCACAGGGACAGUCCAACCUGGGGAAACUCCAUCUGACUGAGGCUGGAGUUGUCGGCCAGCUGAGCGACACUUCACAGGAACCGUCCAUCAGUUUUACUUUGCUUUGUUUGUUUUUUCAACCCAUGUGAUUUAUACAAUGCCUUUUUUUGUCACUAUGUUCGUGUUCAUUAUUGAAUGUCAGCUUGUCCUUAUGAAGCCACCCUUGCUGUCAAAGCCAUGAGUAAUAUCAGUGGUUGUGAGAGUGAUGACACCAUGUUUUUCUCCCUCUCGGGAUUUACAGUCAGCUUGUUGUCUUUAGAUGGUGAGGGUCAGGGGAUGUGGUUGUGGUGUUGGUUUUAGGGAAGACAUUCAGACUUAAUACACACAUUUGCUGUUUCUUUUAAUCGCCAUAGUAAAUUAGGGGCAAUGUAUUGCCUUUUAUUUCAGGGCAAGUUUUGACUUUCAUCUGAAGUGUGAUGCGUUUUGCACAACUCAACAAUUAAUUCAGCUUCUGUGAUGUGUUUUAGGAAUAAAACCAACACCUUUUUUUCAGUUUACCAUAUUUUUAUAAUGCACUUACCAUUUGAAAUUUGCAUUUGUAAAUAUUUAAAAAAAAAUUGAAAUAAACAUUGAUGUUAAAUUAU